GCGGGGGGAGGGCGAGGAGGAGGACGAGGACGACACGUCCAGCGACGGAUGCGCACGCUGGGGCGCGCGGGCCCCGCGCGACGGUGGCCGCAACAAAGGGGCGCGCGGCCGCGGCCUGGCGGCGUCUCGGCCGGCGCAGCCGCCGCUGGCGGGGCGGGCGCCGCGCGAGAACCGUUGGGGCGAGGGGGAAGGAGGGGGGCGCCUCCCCGCGCAGCCCGGGCUCGCUCCGGAGAGAGGCCGCCUGCUGCUCGCGGGCGCCCCCGACGACGGGCCGGGAGCGCGGGCGGCGUCUCCUGCUGCAGGGCCGCGCUGGCAGCCGCGGGCCCCAGGCGGCGGCGGCGCGGGUUCCCGUGGCGGCGGCGAGCGGGCCGCGGCGGCCCGGCAGGGCUGAGCCCCGGCGGGAACCUGCCUGCGCCGCGUCCUCGCCGGCGGGUGCAUGGAGCAGGCGUGCGCCCGUCUGCCUCUGCGGUGACGAGCACGGCAGCCAGCGCCGCGGCGGUGCGCCGCCAGAGCUGAGAGAGAGAGAACGUGGCGGGCACCCAGCCUACCGCGGGCGGCGGCGGCAGGAGCUGCACGAACAGUUACAACCCCAGACAUAUUUCUGCCCCGUUCCCAUGGUGGUAACGGCACUGUGAACAGCGUGUGUGUGUGGGAAUGAUUAGCAUUACCCCACCGAGUAAGGAACCCAGCGGCAAUGGAGUUUUUCCCUGCCUUGCCUCAGUGCUGGAGGUACUUCGGUCAAGUGCCUACGGUGCUCCACUCGCAGAGUGGUAACUUUGUUUCUUUCACCCAUUACACAGCCCUGUUCACUCAGCAACAAUGUUUUCAGCCGAUUACUUCUAUAAUUGGUUCUCGCUUAGUAGAUCUCCACAGAAUUGCAGUAAAAUCGCUUAUUGUUUAACAAAACAGGGUGGGAUUGCUGCUAUGUUAUUAGCAGUGAUGCUUUGCUGUUUGCUUGAAAAGCAAGCAGCUUUUUCCCCAGCUUGUAAAGAUCUCUAAACGGGUCCUUUUGAAGUAAUUGUUCUGCCUUCUUUGGUGUUGCACUGGUACAUUAUCCUGGGAUGGUAGAUCCAUACAGGCCAGAAAAAUACAGUGUGUUUCUUGUGGUUGGUGGGGUAUUUUGUUUGUUUUUGUUUGGGUUUUAUUUUCGUUGUUUGGUUUUGGUGAGGAGGUGUGUUUUUGUUUUGUUUGUUUGGUUUUCUUUACUGCAUUUCAAAUAUCUAUGCACUUCCUGCCUGUCUCUAUUAACACCUGGUUAUGUAGGACUAAGAAAAUAAUUUUGGCUUUCCUUAGAUUUUUUUUUUUAGUCAGUAACAUUAUGUGCUGACAUGUCAAACUUGUAAAGGUAUUUGUAGGGAGCCAAGUGUUUCCAUACCAUGUUAAACACUCAGCAACAAGAGUGGAAGUUACAUACCCGUCAGAUGCUUCCAUUUCAUGUAUGCAUAAAUUUGAAUUUAGGAAAGUCAUUCCCAAUAUCUCCAUGCUGGGUAAUGGAGAGAAGUGUCUGAACCAAAUAUUAAAUCUCCCUCCUCUCUGCUGCAUUUCCUGCUUCACAGUUAGAUCCCUGUGGGAGACGGGGCUUGAAUAAUUUAAAUUACGUGUUUUGCAUUAUCCUUCUGCUGUUCAAGUAUCUCCACUGUUUGAAGAUCUGGUAUCCUUGGUGUCUCUUUCCGUGGUCCCGGCUGCGCACCUAUCCAGAGCCCAGUGUGCUGUCCUUUGCUCUGCUUGCCAGACGCUCUGCUGGGCUUGCUGAGCUCACUAAUUUAGCCAAAGACUAAUCACCUUUCUGAUAGAUUGGUUACUGGGUUGACUCUGUUGAUUCCAGGGAUGUCAAACUCAUUUUCACCGGGGGCCACACUGACCUCGUGGUUGCCUUUAAGGGGCCAAAUGCCACUUUAGGACUGUGUAAAUGUAGGAGUAGUUACAUUUAUACAGUCAUGAAAUUACAUUCAGCUCUGUGAAGGCAACCGUGAGGCCGAUGUGGCCCCUGGUGAAAACGAGUUUGACACCCCUGCCAUAGAGUUUCUUCAGACUUUUAAAUCUAGUGCCAAGUAAGUAGCAGGAAAAUAGACUCAAGGACAUGAAGGAGUCAGAGAAAUGAAGGGGCGUGAGAAAAGUAAACACAUGGUUUAUGACAACAGCGCUAUCAGAUCAAUUUGUGCAAUCAUCUGUAGAAUCAGUGUAAAUAACUGGGCAUUUUAGUGCAUUUUGUAUCUUUUAAAAUAAUUGAAAAUGCUGUAUUUUAGCUCACUAAUUUAAACCAGGUUCUGGAAUACAUUUUAUAAUUUCUUAAAAUGUUGUUAUCUUCCUGUCUUUCAGGCUGAAGGUGGCCCAUUGUAAGGGUUAAUCAUCUGUCAUAUAUUUAAUAAUCAUUUGUUUAGAAAAUUUCCUGCAUUGUUCAUGGAGUUUUUCAUCAGUAUGUCUGAAACCAUUAAGUAUAAUGACGAUGAUCACAAAACUGUGUUCCUGAAAACAUUAAAUGAACAACGUUUGGAAGGGGAAUUUUGUGAUAUAGCUAUUGUGGUUGAAGAUGUUAAAUUCAGAGCACAUAGGUGCGUGCUUGCUGCCUGCAGUACCUACUUCAAAAAGCUUUUCAAAAAACUGGAAGUUGAUAGUUCAUCAGUAAUAGAAAUAGAUUUUCUUCGUUCUGAUAUUUUUGAGGAAGUUCUGAACUACAUGUAUACUGCGAAGAUUUCUGUUAAGAAAGAGGAUGUAAAUUUGAUGAUGUCUUCAGGCCAGAUCCUUGGUAUUCGUUUUCUGGAUAAACUCUGCUCUCAAAAACGUGAUGUAUCUAGUCCUGAAGAAAACACACAGUCCAAGAGCAAGUACUGUCUAAAAAUAAACCGUCCUGUGGGUGAACCUAAUGAUACCCAAGACGAUGAGGUGGAAGAAAUUGGAGAUCAUGAUGACAGCCCAUCAGAUGUGACGGUGGAAGGAACUCCUCCAAGUCAGGAAGAUGGAAAAUCACCUACUACUACCCUGAGAGUGCAAGAGGCAAUUCUGAAAGAGUUGGGAAGUGAAGAAGUUCGAAAAGUAAACUGCUAUGGCCAGGAAGUAGAGCCUAUGGAGACAACUGAAUCAAAAGACUUAGGAUCUCAGACCCCUCAGCCUUUGACAUUUAAUGAUGGCAUAAGUGAAGUGAAAGAUGAACAGACACCAGGUUGGACCACAGCAGCUGGGGAUAUGAAGUUUGAGUAUUUGCUUUAUGGUCACAGGGAACACAUUGUGUGUCAGGCUUGUGGUAAGACCUUUUCUGAUGAAGCACGACUGAGGAAACAUGAAAAGCUACACACUGCUGAUAGACCAUUUGUUUGUGAAAUGUGUACAAAGGGCUUUACCACGCAAGCUCAUUUGAAAGAACACCUGAAAAUACACACCGGUUACAAGCCUUACAGUUGUGAGGUAUGUGGAAAAUCUUUCAUUCGUGCGCCGGACCUAAAAAAGCACGAAAGAGUUCACAGUAAUGAGAGACCAUUUGCAUGCCAUAUGUGUGAUAAAGCUUUCAAGCACAAGUCCCACCUCAAAGACCACGAAAGAAGACACCGAGGAGAGAAACCUUUUGUCUGCAGUUCCUGCACUAAAGCAUUUGCUAAAGCAUCUGAUCUAAAAAGGCAUGAGAACAAUAUGCACAGUGAAAGAAAACAAGUUACUUCAGCCAAUUCCAUCCAGAGCGAAACAGAACAGUUACAGGCAGCAGCUAUGGCUGCUGAAGCAGAGCAGCAGUUAGAAACAAUAGCUUGUAGUUAAAAACUAAAGCAUAAACUUUAUCAGAAAUAAUAUAAGAAAUUAAAAUGAACAAAAUCUAUUGUUGGUAUACAUUUUGACUGAGAAUUAUCUUUUCAAGAAAACAUAUUUUUAGAGGAUUUGAAUGCUACAUAGGAACACAUAGCAUUGCUUGGUUAGGUAUUUUAAAACAUUUCAGAGAUGGGAAUUCUUAGAAUACAAAAUAGUUUUGUUGUCAUUAGCACUAUAAUGUACUAACACCCAAUUUAAUUUGAGAAUAUGAUCAAGUUCUCUAUAAAACAGGAAUCAUCACUGGCUGAUGUUUUGUUUCCAGUAUGGGGAACUGCAUAUAAUGCAGACAACUAGAUCAGUAAGUUUUGUUUAAAAGUGCUGAGAUCUCAGAAAAUAACAACCACAGAAAGGAAAUACUAGUUUUUCGUAAUUUUUAAAAGUGGUAUACCUACAAUUUUUGAGAAAUAGAUGUUGAUUCCCUAAGCUUUUUAAUUCCUCUUUUUUUCACAUAAUGUUGGUGCUAGAGGUUGGCUCAACAGACCGUGAGGGGGGAUGGUGAUCAAAAUGGAAUUGCUUCUUGUUCCGUUCCCUCAGAUAUCUUCUUAUUUUAAUCAAGGUAGCAGGUUUAAUGAACUACUUGCUUUCCGAAAAAGUGGCAUUAUUCACAGUGGUCAUGGCUGGCAAAGCAGAAGGAUUGUGACAUGCACCAAUCCUUUCUGUGGGCAAAAGAGUCUGCCUCAUUUGUUACUGUGUUUACUCUUAUACAGUCCCAUGGAGAUGGGACAGAGCUACAAAGGAAAAAGGUGCACCAUGGAGGAGAUAUUUUUCUUCCUUGGAGCCAGCCGAAGUUAGUUAAAGCUAAUACAGCCCGAGGCUCUAGUUUUUAUUUUGCAGCUUUCAGUUCACCCAACGUAGCAGACUUUUCUGGCAGCGUGGGAGGAUUAGCUGCACUGGUGAGUGUUGGGCAUCACAGCCAUGGGCUGUCACACACCUACCCACAGUGUUCAUGCUGGGUUUUGUCAUGGUGGGUCAUACCUGCCCAUUCAUGUUUAAAAACUCCCACCUUCUGACACACCACUUGUCAGCAAAAGGGAGAUUUCAGUGAGUGAUUUCAGUCAUAAUUGAUCCAGAAUCAGUGUUCGCUAAUAGUCUGUUACUUGGAGUCGCCUAUUUUUUUUUUCAGACAAGCUGGGGUAAAUGCUGCCAAUUUAACUGUUAACUCAGAGAGUCAACAAAAUACCUGGUCUUUGGAUUGCAGUCUGCUAUGUGUAGUCAACAAGAGAAGACACAAUAACAGUGGUAAUGUAAUCCAAAAGGAUAUGGAACAUUUAUUUUGAAUUUGUAAAGACUACAACUGUUGUCAAAACUUCUUUUAAAGUUGGAAUGGGAAAAAAGAAAACAUGCUCUUGGGCACGUGGAUGGAUAACAUUGGUCACUUGCGAUACCUAUAGCAUAUAAAAGUGUUAGACCAGUUUCUGGUAAGUUACUGUGUGGUAGAUCACAUCUCGCAUCUUGCUUUGCAAAACAGAAACUGAAAAUAGCGUUUUUGGAACUGUUGUAUGGAAAUUUGAUUAUUGUUUUUUUGUUUGGUUGGGUUUUUUUACAGCUACAUUUUAUUCAUGUACUCAUCAUGUUAAGAAGUUAUCUUGAAAUGCCAAUAAUUAUUUGAAAACUGGUCUGUAAAUAAAACAUGAACUUAAUAUUUUAGAAAAUGUAAACUUUGGACCUUUACCAAUAUAUUUUUUUAAAAUGUUACUUCAUUUUACAUUCAGUAAUAUUAGUUUGUAAACAAACUAUACGUUUUGUAUCUGUGCAACAUCAGAGGAUGUGUAUUCAUUACAUUUUAUUGGUUCUCUUGAGGAACAUGAUAAAUGACCAUUGUUAAAAUGUUUUACUGUAUAUGAUCAUAGAUAUAAAGAUAGGAGGUCCCAAAUGGGAUCUACCUUUUUUUUUUCCUAAA